AUGUUUGACUUCUCUUCUCUUCUUAAUGUUCAUGCUCGUCCCUUUUCCCCUUCUUCUACCUACAACCUUUCCCCAUUGACAAAACCAUCUUUCGAAGCAGCAUUAGAUAGACUAGUAAAUUGGAAGUUUCCUAUAAAAGUUAAAAAACGAAUUAUACCUAUUUUAGAAGAAUGGUACUCUAACUCUACUCUAGACAGUGUUCUAACAAAAUGGGAGAACAACCCAUGCCCUUUACCUAACCAAUUUAUUCCUUUAAAUGUUCUCACAUAUAAUGUUCAAGGAUGGGGUACUCGUGCCUUGGAAGUAAUGGAUCUAAUUUUUAAAGAUGAUAGUCCAGUAUGCGUAUUUACCGAAGUAGGGGAACUUUGGAACAGUUUCAAAGUUCCACAUUUUACAUCGUUCUAUCAAAAAGGUACAAAUCAUAGCGGAGGGGUUAUGAUAACGAUAGGAAAACAUCUUCGAGCAACGAGAAUUGAUACUGAUAUAGAAAAUACAGUAAUUGUGGAUAUCCAUGGUCUUUCUGAAC